AUGAAUAACGAUCUUAGUCUUUCGAGGGCUUUGGGCGGCCUACGCAUUGCAAACCCUGACGAUGCUGAACCGAUCACUUCUGAAGACGUCGACGAAGACGCUAAUGCACUUACGUCAAGCCAGCCCAUCUCCGAUCUUCGCCUUGCCGACCCCGACCUGCACACCACGCAAGCCAGGCCGCAGGCGACAGACAUGUCAAUGGGAAUCUCCGGCACACCACCCGACCCCCAAAGUCAAAUAUCCGCAUACGCACAAAAUGGUGCCAUGCAAUAUGGGAACCUCUCCCCCUCCCGUCCUACCUCUGCCCUGUAUGCCGCUACCACGGCCGCAGAACGCGACCAAGCUGCGAACUCUUAUCACAUCCUAAGAACCGAGCCCUCCAAGACACCUAUGUAUAAUAUGUCGGGUAAGAUUGAGUCGAAGGCGCCGUCAGAAUAUGCGCCGAGUAUCCCCUCCCGAGAGUCGAGCCAUCGCGAGCGAUCGUACAACCCAAACCGCCAACUGCAGGCCAGCAGUGAAGAGUGGAAAGACAAGGGGGCAGCCGUGUCGAUACGAAAGGAAAUAGAUGCCAAUGGGAAAACCGUCAUGAGGCCAGUGAAGAAGGGCGUCCGGGACUUCUCUUUCGGUCGAGUUUUAGGUGAAGGCUCGUACAGUACGGUAUAUUUUGCUACGGAUCGGCAAACGCUAAAAGAGUACGCGAUCAAGGUCCUGGAGAAGAAGCAUAUCAUCAAGGAGAGGAAGAUAAAAUACGUCAACAUUGAGAAGGAUACCCUCAACCGCCUCACGGAACACCCUGGUAUCGUUCGACUUUACUAUACCUUCCAGGACGAGAACUCGCUGUAUUAUGUUUUGGAUCUUUGCAACGGCGGCGAGCUUCUCGGUGUUUUGAAAAAGACGGGUACCUUCGACGUCGAAUGCACGAGAUUCUUCGGCGCCCAGAUUUUGGAUGCUAUCGAAUAUAUGCACUCUCGUGGAGUCAUUCACAGAGAUCUAAAGCCGGAGAACGUGCUUCUGGAUGACCAGUUGCAUGUCAAAAUCACCGAUUUCGGUACGGCGCGGUUAUUAAGCGACCCGAGGGCGCCACAGAACGCCCCCAGGCUUGAGGAUACAGGAACCAGCUCCAGGGGUAAAGAUUUCGAUGAUGAUAGUCGAGCGGCGUCCUUCGUGGGCACCGCUGAAUAUGUUAGCCCUGAACUUCUUACUAACAAGAAUGCCUGCAAGGCCAGCGAUCUGUGGGCCUUUGGUUGCAUUGUCUACCAACUGCUAGCUGGUCGACCUCCGUUUAAGGCUGGCUCCGAGUAUUUGACUUUCCAAAAGAUUGUCAAUCUAGAUUAUGAGUUCCCGGCAGGGUUUCCGCCGGCAGCGAAGGAUCUAGUGGAACGGUGUCUAGUUUUAGAUCCGGCAAGGCGACUUACUAUCGAGCACAUCAAGAACCAUGAGUUUUUCGAUGGUCAGCAAUUCGGCAAGGGUUUGUGGAGAAUGAAGGCACCUCGAUUGCGUCCAUAUGGGCAUAGAAAAUUCUCUAGGUUCUUUGGCGGCAGCACUACGAAGAAGAGGCAACGGCUAGUCAUGAUAACGUCUAGUGGGAGGAUCGUCUUGGCACCCGCAGGGGGUGAAGAGAAAAAGGCGAAGCUGGAGAUCUCACUCUUGGCACCGGACUGCUCGUGGAAGACUCAAAUAGAUGCGAAAGGGCAGACAGUGUGGUGUGUCGAUUCGGCUGGUAUUCACUAUACCUUCGAAGAUGUCAAACCCCCAUCUUCCCUUGAACCGCCUCGACCGACGGCAGAUGACUGGCUCGAGACUUUACAACAAGCUAGGGACUUUGCAGUAUCCCUUAACCUCAGUCGUUCAUACACUAGCGACAAUGCGUUUGGAGAAAUGUCAUCGUCGAUGUCAAGCCCGGCGAGCACCUUUGGCCCGGAGGGUUACAAUAUCAACGAUAGGUCUCAUCGUAGCCACCUGAGAGAGGACGUUUCCGGCACCGAAUCAGUCAAGAUGCAGCCUGGAUACCGUCCUUACCCGCAGCAGCAGGUCGCGCCGCAGCGUACCCCCCAUUCGGCCGGACAGCGACGAGGAGGCAUUGGUCCCAUGAUGUCUUCCGGCCCUCAUCACCAAGUGCCCUUGACCCAGGCGCAAAUCGCACAGCAACAACAAGCUGCCGCCAUUCAGGUCGAGAUGGCGAAGCGUCGCAGUCGCAAACCGACCGACAAGAAUCUACCCGACAACAUUGACGAUUGUACGGUUGGCGAUAUGGCCGCUAGGUAUCGGGAGCUCAGAGACUUUGAGAGAAGACUCGAUGCAACGAUGACGCGAAAACGAUUGGAUAUUGUGGAUUCGGUCAACCGAAGCGUUAAGCGAUGGAAGACGCUUCGAAUUUGGAUCACCAAUACGGCAGAAGAGCAAGUUUGGCAGGGAAAUGGUCUCAAUGUCGAUACUUUUGACUUCAGCUCCAACCUUGAGCCCUCAUAUCAGGUCAAGAUCGAGGGUCGAUUGUUGGACGAUGACGAUGACCUCGACAAGGAUGAUGACAGUGAAGAUAGCAAGGAAAAAUCUGACGACCCCGAUCGUAUGGAGGAAGAUCCGAAACCGAAGGCGGCGAGCGCGCCCAAGCACAGAUUCUCUCACUUCUUCAAAGCGCUUAGUGUGGACUAUCCCGCCAACCGGAAAGGCAUCGAUCGGGAGGUAGAGUGGAAGAAGCCAGAACGUACUGGUCCUUCGUCGAGUCUCCCUGCCGCUGCCGACUUCGACGAAUUCACGUUUAAGCGUAGCGGUGAUGAGAAUCUCAACAUCACGAUCAACCUUUACAGACACGAGGAGCCCGAGCGAUAUGCCGUCAGCCAGGAUCUAGAAGACAUCAUUGACUUGUCCGAAGCCACACGCCAGGAGAUUGUCAUGGGUAUUUGGGAAUACAUUAAGCUGAUGGGCUUGCAAGAGGAUGAAGAGAAGAGAAAUUUCCGCUGUGACGACCUCUUGAGAAAAGUCUUUGGUAUUGAAACCGGCAUGAUCCCCAAGUUACAUGAAUACAUCACCCCGCACUUGAAACCAUUACCGCCGGUCAAGCUUCCGUACACGAUCCGACUUGACGAGGAGUUCCAUAAGGAUCCUCAACCUACCGUAUAUGAUGUCCGCGUUGCCGUCGACGACCCACUGCGCGAGAAGAUGCUUUCUUUCCUGAGUAACGCUGGCUACGCCAACAUGCUGAAGGAAGCAGCAAAUCUCGACGAGCAGCUUGCGACGAUUAUCCAGGCUAUUCACGUGUCUAAAGCCAAACAUGCUUUCCUGUCUUCCCUUAGCGAAGACCCUGCCACGUUUGUGAAGGACUGGCUGAGCUCGCAGAAGCGUGAUCUGGACGUGAUCAUGGGAGAGUCGAUGAGAGGUGUGGGCGAGGAUGCAACUGGAGACGAGUGGAGAAAAGGCGGCAAAGAUAGUAUCUGGUCGACCGUCAACGCCCGCGAAAGUGUCACGGUCAUGUUGUCGAAGCAGCCUAUUCAGGUGCAACGAUAG